CGGCGCCCUCGCUUCCUGCCUUCAAGACACAAACCUGCGCCCUCGCAAAUUUUGCACUCAUCCUCGCGGCUGCAAGAGCCAGGUCACACCCGGUGCACCUUUCCAGCGCCCUCGGCUCUUGUUUAUUCGACGGAGUCUCAUCAAUUUCGGCGCCUUCGGUUCCUAUCCUGCAACAAACAAAUCCGUGAGGCCCCCUUCUUUCCCAUUUCCUCACACUCUUUCGCAACUUCACUCUUCUUCACAACUCCACGGAUCGCAAAAGCUCAGCGACUACGACAUCCAAUCUCGCAUUCAAAACAAGUUCCACUAUUCAGUAUCCAAAUUUCAAGAUGCCUUUCGACUGGGAAUCCACCCUCCAGGCCUCUCAGGGAGACGAAUUCUUCGAUUUCGCCGCUGCCAGUGGAGAAUCCUCCGAGACUGGACCCUCCAGCGCGGCUCAAACCUGGGCGACGAGCAGCUCCCCAUUCAACGAGGAGCUGCACAAUUUCCCAACGCCAGACAACAAUCACGGAGCUCCCUCGUACUCUUCAUCCCAGCCAUAUGACAAUCUCGCUGGCGAUACUACCGCAUGGGCCGAAAUGAUACCAGCUCCACACCAGCACCAGCCUGUCAACAUGGCCGCAGCCACAUUCAAUCUACCAGAAGAAUCCAACGUCUGGGCUCAUGACUCCAGCAUUUCCACGACCAAGGCCUUCCAACUCCAUUCGAGCGCACCGACAGAGACCCAAGAUCACCUUCACUGUGACCCUCUCACGCAGACCGUUUUGGGCUCUGCCCAGUGGCGCAUGGACAACCAGCAGCUCCAAGACAGCACCAUGAUGGACUGGGCGUUGCCUUCAGAAGGCAACCAAUCUGAGUGAGUUUUUUUUUUUUAGCACCACGCUAAGCGGGCGCAGGUUGAUGCAACCUCAGCACACAUCCCACCCACGACGAAUGAUUCGUUGCCCCUGGCCGAGCUGCGUCAUCAACUCUUCUUUUCAAACCGAGGCUGAGGCCAGUG